UCCAGUCCUGGGGGCGGGCAGACAGGGCGGGCGGAGCCGGCCGGGCCUGGAGUUGGCGGCAGGAGGCAGCAGAGCGAGUUGGAGCAGGAUGCUGAUGCCGGGGACCCUGCGGGGCUGGGCAGCUCUGUGCCUGCUGGCACUGCUGUAUGUCAGACCCAGCAUCUGUGGGUUCCUGCCCUGACCCCGGGUCAUGUGUGGGUGUCGCCGGGCUCCGCUCAGCCCCAAGCCCAGUGGCUCUGGGGACCGGCCCUGCCGACUGCGUCUGGUCUCCCACCGCCAGGCUGCUCUCUGCGGAGUCCUGAGACUCCAUGAGCCUGACACCCAGCCCCGUGGGAGCCCCUGCUGCCCCCACCGGCUGGCCUGCAGCCUCUGCGAGGGCCGGCGAGGACAAUGGGACGACCGUGGCGCCAUUGUCCUCCAGUCCAGGAGUGACCUCAACCGGCCUAGUGGGCGUGAGCACCCGGGGGAGCUCAGCCCCAAGCUCCGCAGGGACCAGUGUGCAGCCUGAGCCCAGAAACAACAGUGCGACCAUGGCCCCAGAAUCCACAGCCAGUGCCACCUGGGCCCCCAGGACCUCCCUGGCACCCAGUCCCAGGAACGCGUCCGUCCAGCCCCAGGCCACAGCACCCACCUCGGCACCCACCUCGGCACCCACCUCGGCACCCACCUCGGCACCCACCUCGGCACCCACCUCAGCAGCCAAGGUCCCCACCCCAGAGGCGCCUGCUUCCGGGAGCCCCAUGGAGCCCAACACGACUCUGGGCAACGGCUCCGACGUCCAGCACGGCAGUGGCAGUGGCAGCACCAGUCCCCUGGGGGCGGCUUCCACGGCUUCCCCCGCGUCCUCCUCCCCCACAUGGAGCCCUGGCCAGGUGGACCACAUCCGCUGUGUGACCCUCAGGGAGCUGCAGCUGACGCAGGCCAUCUGCCUGGACCGCGACUCGGAGGCCAGCUGCGAGGACUUUGUCAGGAGCAAGGGUGCCAAGUUGGCCAGCCUGCUGUGCCCGCUGGAGCCAGGGCCUGAGGCCUGCACCUGGCUGGCCGCUCAGUCCCAGGUCAGGCCCAGCUGCCUGCUGCUGGUGGAUGACAACCAGACAGAGCUGGCCAACAGGUUCCACUUCUUGAAGGACCACGAGGCUGCCCUACAGAAGCUGGGCAUCCAGCGUGUGACCCAGGACAAGCUGGGCCAGCACCAGAGCUCCUCCCGCAAGACUCUGAUCGCCCUGGUCACCUCGGGGAUCCUGCUGGCCGUGCUGGGCCUGGCCGGCUACUUUCUGAUGAACCGCCGCAGCUGGAGCCCUGCCGGGGAGAGGCUGGGUGAGGACCCCUACCACUCGGAGGCAGGGGCAGCCCCCGCGGGUGCCCCGGAUGCUCAGGGAAAGUCGGGCAGAGCCCUUGGGGGCCGGGAGAACGGCACCAGCCAGGCAGCACCCAGGAAUGGCCACUCGGGGCCACAGCAGGCCGUGGCCGACACCCCACUGUGACGGGCUGAACCCACCUCCCCAGGGCCCGCACUCACUCUAGCCUGUGCCCUGGGGGUGUACUCGACUCUGCCUGCUAGAGUCAUGUGAAGGGGACGGGGCAGAGAAGUGGGGGGCACCCACGCAGCCCCUCUCAGUCCAGGGGGCCGGGGCUCCAGUCUCCUGAGACUUCUGGGAGCAGAGAAGCUGCUGUCCUGCAGACCUAGAGCAGAGGGGCUGGGGUUCCGUCAUGUCCCAGACCCAACACCCAGCUCCCAGCUCCCAGGACCCAGCUCCCAAGCUCUCAACAUUCAGCACUCAGUCUCAGGACCCAGCACCCAGAUCCCAAGUUCCCAGUUCUCAGCACUUAACUCUCAGCACCCAGCUCCCAACACCCAGCACCCAGUCCCAGAAUUCAGCACCCAGCUCCCAAGCUCCCAGCUCUCAACACCCCACUCCUAGUCCCCAAGCUCUAAACACCCAGCACCCAGUCCCAGGACUUAGCACCCAGUACCCAGCUCUCAGCACCCAGCUCUCAGUACCCAGCACCCAGUACCCAGCACUGUGACCCUGGGCUUCCAGCUGGGGCCCCCAUGUGAGAACCCUGUCCUGUGUAAUGACUGGACUGGGGGGAAGGUGCUCCCCUCCCCCGGGGGGGAGCUCUCAGAGUGAGCAGGGCUCCAGCCACGUGGCCCCCUGUGACUACAGCCCUGGUGGCCAGAUGAACCAUGACCCCUGGGCUGGGGUGUGACCUCAGACCCAGCUGGUUCCUGCACUGAGCCCUCUCUGCCCUGCACCCCAAAGGCCCCCACCUCCACCCUGCACCCUAGGGGCCCCUGUCAGCCCUGACCCCAGGAGGCCCCGUCACUCCCCAGUCUGCAGAGGAGGGGCCCUGAGAUACACUGAGGACCCCCUGGAGUGCCCCUUCCUGGGUGCUGGGUGCUGGGACCCCUGUCCCAACGACAACAAUGGCUGGAAACAGAACUUUCCAGAGACAGGAAGCGUGAUCGGCUUCUGAAUAAAGUGGUGUGUUUACGCCAAAA